AUGGAUUGGAUCUAUCUGAUUCGUGUAAUAGUUUGUUUAUUUCUCGUUAAACAACUCAUCGACCUACUAUAUAUCAUAUUCAAUUAUACAAUAGGAAAGAAGUUAUUCUCAAAAAGGAAAUUAUUAAAACAAGCUGGUGAAUGGGCAAUUGUUACUGGUGCAACCGAUGGAAUUGGUAAAGUAUAUGCCGAAGAAUUAGCUAGUGAUGGUUUGAACAUUAUGUUAAUUAGUAGAAAUGAAGAGAAACUUUUAAAAGUUGCUAAUGAAAUAGAUGUUCAAAAUAAGUAUAUUGAUGUCUAUCCAAGAAUACAAGAAGCUAUAGAUCAAUUAUCAUCUAUUGCUUGUUUAGUCAAUAAUGUUGGUAUGGGUCCUCCUACAUUCGACUAUUACGCUACCACAGAUUAUAUCACUAUCGAUUUCAUUAAAAAUCUCAUUUUUUGUAACAAUCUACCAGUUGCCAUAAUGACACAUUUAGUAUUACCAAAGAUGUUGAGACAAUAUACCAAUGGAAUGGCUAUUAUUAAUAUUGGAUCAUAUUCUGGUUAUAGAGCUUUUCCAUUUUUAUCAUUAUAUUCUGCAACAAAGGCAUUUGUUAUUCAAUUAUCUAGAUCUAUAUCUUACGAAUGCUUAAAUGAUCGUAUCCAUAUACAAACACCGUUUGGUGGUGGUGAUGAUGAUGAUGAUGAUGAUGAUGAUGAUGAUGAUGAUGAUGAUGAUGAUGAUGAUGAUGAUGAUGAUGAUGAUGAUGAUGAUGAUGAUGAUGAUGAUGAUGAUGAUGAUGAUGAUGAUGAUGAUGAUGAUGAUGAUGAUGAUGAUGAUGAUGAUGAUGAUGAUGAUGAUGAUGAUGAUGAUGAUGAUGAUGAUGAUGAUGAUGAUGAUGAUGAUGAUGAUGAUGAUGAUGAUGAUGAUGAUGAUGAUGAUGAUGAUGAUGAUGAUGAUGAUGAUGAUGAUGAUGAUGAUGAUGAUGAUGAUGAUGAUGAUGAUGAUGAUGAUGAUGAUGAUGAUGAUGAUGAUGAUGAUGAUGAUGAUGAUGAUGAUGAUGAUGAUGAUGAUGAUGAUGAUGAUGAUGAUGAUGAUGAUGAUGAUGAUGAUGAUGAUGAUGAUGAUGAUGAUGAUGAUGAUGAUGAUGAUGAUGAUGAUGAUGAUGAUGAUGAUGAUGAUGAUGAUGAUGAUGAUGAUGAUGAUGAUGAUGAUGAUGAUGAUGAUGAUGUGAUCGAUGAAGUCCAAUUAUCAUCAAAUGAUUAG